AUGCCUCCGAAACAGACGACGAAGGCUGCCGUGGAUGUCACGCUUCCGGAUGACCUCUCAACGGACCCGAUCACCACGCUGUCUCCUGAUGGGGAUGGGGCUGAGAAGCAAGGAUCGGACAUCACGAUUAACGCUCCGUCAGCCACGGACAUUGCUGCUGGGAUCAUCAAGGAAUCGGCCACUACGGCUGCUGCUGUUGCUGGUGGAUCUGGGCUGACGGUGGAAGAGAAGAGUCAGGACAAUCAGGCUCCUACCACCGUGAAUGACGAGUUCGUGGAAGAUGAUGAGGAUGAAGAGCUGGAAAUCGACAUCGCCAAGGAAGAUGCUUUCCGUCUACGCUAUACUGCAAUCUUACUCAUUCCAAUGGUGCUUUCACAGGAGAUUAAGGCCAUCAUUGCUGCAGUCCGACUUCUGAUGAUGAAAGUCUGGAGCUCGUCCUUGACAGAGAAUGCUGGGGUUACGGCGAACAUACAAGAGAUGACACCUGGUUUCGUUGCGAAGACGCGUUUCCGCCGGCUUCAGAUCUCCUUCCUGGAUGAGCGGGAUGCGCAUCACAUCAAGUUUCACGUUUUUGAGUACCAGAAGGCGAAUGCUCCGGCGAUCAAGUGCAUCUGGCAGCAUACGGAGGAUGCUACAUACCUUAAGGAGAAAGCAGCUCGUCCUCUUGCUAUUGAAGUGAUUUUCCGCCGUGUGCCUGCUAACAUUGUUCCGGAUGUUUUGAAGGACCUGGUCGUUCGCUUCGAGCUGAAGAUGCCUUCUUCUCUGCGCACCUCCGCUCUUGUCACCCCCAUACUGAAAGACCCGUCCAUUGCUCUCAUCUCGACCGGCAGCAACCGCGAAGAAUGGAUCUACACGCAAGUGUGCUGCGGGAAAGCGAAGGGAAAAACUUUCUUGGCUGCUGCGGAUCACAUCAUAUCUGCGACUCACUUGCUGAACCAGGAGAAGCUGGGUACUGCUACAAAAGCCUCUAUGGACAAGACCAACCUUGCCGAUCUGAAGAAAGAUUACAACUUCUAA